UUUAUACAUGUAUGUGAUUUGAAUGACAUGGAUACCUUUCAUUUUGUGGUGUGGAUCCUUUCGUUUUGCUGUCUUGUACAAAGUGACAUAGUCUACAAAUCGUUGUUUCAUCGGAUGCCAAAAUUGAGGAUGACUGUUUUUCCAAUAAAAACUUUAAACAAUCUCAGUGUUGAGGCCUGUGCGAGAUCGUGCGUUCAGGAGAGUUCCUUUGACUGCCAGUCGUUUGACAUGGACAACAAGAUUCAGUCAUGUAGAUUACAUAAUAACACUCACGAGAGCAAUGAUAUGGCUCUGAUUGUGUCCAAAAGCACAGAUCACUACAGAACAUACUUUGAGGGAUUAUUCCACCGUCUUCCAAAUCACUUACUGACCUUUGACCACAAACGUCAGAUAUCCGAAAUCAGCGUGGAGCAGUGCGCCAGAAUGUGUGUCCUUGAGGUGACCUUCCGAUGCCUGGGUUUUGAUUACGAGGUUAAACAUAAGAAUUGUUGGUUGACAGACAUCCUGCCGUCUGCUUCCCAUGGACUCAUUCCACAAGUCAACACGGACUACUACGAACGACAAUCUAGUGGUCCUCUUGAGUACUUUCUGAAUUUUGGAUAUGGUAGUCUGCAGCAAUUAGAAGGAGAACAUAUAUAUCACAAGACAGUGAUGGGGGUCUCACUUGUCGCCUGUGCACAUCUUUGUCUCGCAGAAAACUCAUUCAAAUGCACGAGUUUUGACUAUGUUUUUGAUGACAAAUCUUGUUACUUGAGCAUGUACAUCGCAGCCAAUGUCUACGGUCUGGUGACAACUCGAACAGACGACAAAAAUGUUGCACAUUACGAGUACAAAGACAACUAUCUUCGACGAUUUUACCCCACCCCCUAUUCUGCCGUACUGGGACACAACGAGAAAACCGUUACUGGAGUCACACCGAGUGCGUGUGCCAGAAAAUGUUUGGAGGAAAACAAUUUUAUCUGCAGAUCUUUCGAUUAUCAGGUUAAAGAGGGCACAUGUUUACUAAGCACCAAAACCGGAAGUGAUGUGGGUGGCUUAAUUUCACAGGGAACAUCUCAAGUGCAUCAUUUUGAAAUGAAACCAAACUUUGAUUGCAGUGGACAUUUGAAAGGCAGUUCCGGGUAUUUAGCCUCACCUAACUGGCCAAGGAAUUAUGGACAUAAUCUUAACUGUUCAUGGACUAUUAUGGUACCCAAGUUUAAGAUUAUCAAAGUUUCAUUUACACAUCUGCAACUUUUUAAAGAAUCUCGAAAAAGUUGCAUUCAAAACUCGGAUAGACUCCUUAUAGUGGAUAAAGAACAAGUGUCUUGCUUAGAAAAUAAUGUUCGGGAAUUCAUUAGCCAAUCAAAUAUCAUCACCAUUUUAUUCAUAACCAAUAGUAAGGGAGAUGCACCUGGAUUCAGAUUGCAGUUCAAGACAGAUUGGGCUUGUGGAGGACACUAUACAGACACGUAUGGAGAAAUCUCCUCCCCUGGGUGGCCCUCGGGGUAUCCGCCCACACAGAAUUGUACGUGGAAGAUUGAAGCGCCACCUACCGUCCGAAUUUAUCUAACAUUUGUGAAAGUGGAUUUAGAAGAACAUAUCAAGAGAUCAUGUCAUCAUUCCUCUUAUGACGUUAUUGAAAUAUCAGAGGAUUCUGCAAAUUCCUCAACCUUCUUGUGUGGGAGAUAUGAUCAUCUCACUUACAAUUCCACUGGAAAUAUACUGUACAUAUAUUUUACGUCAGACAGCAGGGUAGAGAAAUCUGGGUUUCACGCAUUCUAUACAUUCGUAUACAAUAAAUUGUUAUCAAAUAACUCUAAUUCCACAGAAUUAUACGAUUCUAAUUUUACGUAUAAAUUAGAAUUACUUCCCACUGAUAUUCCAGAAAGUGGUAAUUAUUCCAUUAAUGAAGUCUCCGAGGAAAGCCCCGUUCACUACAUUGAUCUUCACCUGCAACCAACAGCAGAAACGCCCAUAGAAAAAUCAAACUUUACAUUACAGACAGAGCGACUUCCGGAAAUAUUUAGGAUUGAGAAGGAUUUACAUUUGGUGAUCGUAAUCCUAGCCAUUGCUUUCUCUUUGGUGCUGGCAGUUCUGUUAGGGGUGAUAUACCUCACAUGUAGACAUUUCAGGCGGCUGCAUCUAAAGGAAUGCCAACAAAAAGGCCCACUAUAUCUCUUCAAUGACGAUGACAGUUCCAUUUAUGAUAAAGACAAUGUGAUGAACGGAGAGGCAGAAAAAAGUCGAGACAGAGAUUCAGAAAGUCAACCAAGUCUCGCAGACGUCUCUUUUAUUAAUCCCACAUAUGACGGAAGCAGCCGACAAUUGCUGCUCCCAAGUUGCACCAGUAUACCGUCUGCUGUAAAUAGCUGAGCGGGAAUUGUUUGGAUUUUAUCAGUCUGUGGAUAAAUUUGUCGAUUAAUUCGAAAUGCCGGUGGGAAAUCUUCCAGAAUCCUGCCAAAAUAAAGACAGACGCACACAGAAUUUAUGGAUACGAGUUGUUGGGUGUCCACUGCGGAGAGCCAUUAAGACCAGACAUUGACAUUGUUGCCCGGUUUGACGUCACCGAGAAUAAAGAUUCUCCAAUAUUUGUACCAUAUCGAUGUUAUCUCAGGAAUUAUAUCAUAAAAUAUUUUUAAUGAAAAAGUUAUUUAUUUAAAGUACUAUUUGCAUGUGGACCAAAUCUAUAUAAUUAUGAAAUUAAGAACGAAUGUUGUAUUCAUAUUACAAAUAAACUGUU